UUUCGGGGCGCCUUGUAGACGCGAGUGGUAUUACAUGCUCAAACAAGUCCGAGCUUCUUCUUCACAUCUGUCUCCGAGAUAUCCCGGCCUGUUUCCUCGUUGAAUCGCUUCGCCACGCGCUGGAACGCGGCUUCCGCAUCCUCCACGUGCAUGCGAGCCAGCAUCUCGCACUCCACCUCGUUGAACUCAUCGUCUACAGAUAGAAACAUAUAUCUUCCAUUUCCUCCUCUCGAUCCACUACUCGGCUCCGCUGCUGCCCCAGAGUCACCAUUGGUCUUUUUGCCCUUACUGGGCUUGCCCUUCUUCUUGUUGUCUUUCUUUUUCUCAAGAUCCGGCUUUUCGAUCUCUUUGUCGUCGGACUUGAUCUGUGGGAAACGUUUCUUCAGCGCCCACGCUGGCUUGCCCGUUUCGGAGGCAAUGUCUUUCCAGGACUUUCCUUCGGCUUUCAUGCGGAGGAGUGUAGCAUCUUGGUCGGCAGUGAAGACGUCUGGUGCUGGUGUUGGUUCAGCUACGACUGCUGGGGUUUCGGCUGGAGCAGGCUCAGUCGCUGCAACAGGCUCAGGAGGUUUGUCAUCUGCAGGAGCUACAGCCGCGACCGUAGCACUCUUCUCUUUCUGUAUAAAGUUGUCAGUGGCCUGCGUGAGAAUGAGACUGCAGCUCUAGAGUUUGAUACAAGUAGAGCCAUGAAUACCUCCUGACGGACCUUUGGAACCCAGCUCGGUUUACCGCCCAUUGCAACACGAUAUACGUCAAACAUUGAGACGCGCUUCGGAGGCAUUGUUCGUCAGU